GUCAUUCAUAAAUCCAAAGUAAUACAUUUAUUGAAUCUGUAUUCCAAAACAAACAAACAUGUAUGCUUUUGAAAUCUUUCAUCACCUCCAAAAUUAAUUCUCUGAAUCUUAAGUUUUAUUCCAAAAAAAAUAAAAUACAAUAAAAGGUUUUGGGCCAAUCAAAUGUGUUUUCCAAUCCCAUACUCAAAUCGGGUAUCAUAAUUCAUAUUGAAAGAGUAAUCUGAAAAAAAUAAAACAAGUCUGAUUUAGUCAUUGAACUUGAAUUAACCAGACAAUUGGCCACAGAGGGUCAAAAACCAUCAGACCGAAUGGUUAUGCCAAUUGUUUUGACUGGGCCAUGCCAGGCUGAAUGCACACAUGCCUGCCUCCGGAGUUCAAUGUCGCUAAUUAUGACGUCACGGUCACUCUCCCCGCUGACCAGUGGUCAAGUGUAGCCCCUGAGGGCUUUGGGUGGAAGUUGUAGAUUGCGUGUGACCCAAGGAGAGUGAGGAAGAGAGAUGGAGAGUGAAGGAGAGAGGCAGAACAGGUGGAAGGGUGACCACUUCAGUUCAACAAAAAAGACUUUAUUUCUGUAAGAUCUUAAAUUACAUAAAACCGUAAACUUUUUACAGUGUUUUCAGUUGAAUAACUUCUUGAAUAUUUAGAUGGGGCAUGAAUAAUACAUUAUUUCUCUCAAAUCUAAAGCGGAAUGUGAAUAUUUUUUUGUUUAUUGAGAAUAUUGACUACUAAAAAGAUUCUUUUCAUCAAUGUCAUUUCUCAUAAAGAUGUUUAUAAUGCCAGUUGUUGUAAAUAUUUACAUAUGUUUUACAGCCUUUUCAAUAAAAACUACAUAUAUUUUCUGCAGAAUGUUACUUAAAAUAUCAAUAAAUAUUCAAUAGACUGACUCAGAGAAAUGUUUUUAUUCUAAAAUCAUAAGGGGAAGUCGGAAGACGGGAAAUCCCUUAAGAAAUCUGGAAGUAGUUCCGAGCAACCGUCGAUCUGACGCUUGGCGGCGGUCAACUAUAAUAAGUGAAUAACCAUGGGAUGUGAACUUGGCCCCAGGAAUUCAGUCAAAACAAUGACAAACCGCCAAGAUCUAUUAUCAGCGCUGACCAACCCAAACAAACGUAAUAGCAAAACCAAAAUCAAACUAUUUUGGGGUACGGAUAAUUUUUGCCCACACGGAUCUUCCCCUGGGGAAUUGUCUGAUUUCAUAACAGUAUUUUUUCAAUGUUUAUUUUUGUGUCUCCCCUCUCCCCUGGAAUUUAUAAGAUUGGAAGUGAUCAGUUUCAUAUCAUAAAAAGGCUAUCACCAUGGUCAAAGUUGAAGGACAAGGCAGACAGUACUAUUAAAUCUGCAUCUGUCAUCAUGGGAUAUAAUAUCGCAUUGCACUGUAGAUUAAUAUUAACAGCAAAUUUACUACUAAAACAAAAAUUUGUAGGAUGCAAAGGUUGUUGAGUUUAUCCAUUUAUUUCUUUUGUAUUGAUUUGAAAAGUAGACCCCUUAUUAGCAAGAACAUAGAGUAAUAAAAAAGACUAGCUAACAUAAUUCUUGUAGACUUAAAAUGUAGAUUUAACCAUUUUCAACAUAAAAAAAAUAAUGACACUGAAUCUUUUAUCCAUUAUAUCAAGUGAAAACCUGGAUUCUUAUGUGUUAAUUUUCUGAAUUGGGCAAAAACACUCAUCUACAUGACAGUCAAGAAAACAAAAUAUACUAAUGAAUUCCGCUGUGGAAAAGUUGACAGAUAACAUCAAUGAUGGCAAAAAUAUUGCAAAGUAAUGCUUUACUACUGAGAGGAACCGGCUCCUGGCUUCCAUCCAAUCCAAUAGACAUUUCCAAUGUCAAAUUCAUUAACAUGCCACCUUAACUUUCACUCAUGCUAAAUGCAUAAUACAUAACACACCACAUAUCCUGUGCACUGUGUGUGUGUGUGUGUGUGUGUAGAAAGAACACACAGGGAGAGAAAGUGGGCGGGGAAUGGAGUCUUAGCCAAUCAGCUGGCUGCAAAUGUUCUCUGACCUUGCUGGAAAUAAUGAAUGAAAGUGGGCGUGCCUGCAGGGCUGGCCAUUGACCAAUCGGGAGGCAGGGGGAGUUGAUUGACAAUCAGGGCUGAUGAUAAGGACUCUGGAUUAAAAGCCACUGGAAGUGAGGAGGGAAUAGAGGGAUGGGUGACAGGGUGGAAUGUCAAGUUCGCAUUACAGGUAAAACUAUACAUCUAGAUUCAUAUACAAGCUGGGGAGGAUAUUGUUGAAUGAAUGAAUCAAUCCUACAACUAAAAACAAAUGAUCAGCUUUGGCUUUCCCACAAAGUAUAAACACCAGCAGAGAAAGGAGUAGUCUGCCAACAGAGAGGUGUGAAUACCAAAAGCCCUGCUCUCUUCUUUUUGAUACAUUUUAAACUCUGUUGGAAUUGUGGAUUAUGACAGCAUGGUGAUAUUCAUUCAAUUUCACCAAAUAUCCCGUUUCUCAAAUUAACUUGCAUAUUUGAUUAACCUUUCCCUUGGAAAGAGAUGGAUUUUUAAUGAGGUUCAAACCGAGCUGAGAAGGAUUAUGUUCCGGUGAAAAUGGCAUCAGCAAGGCUCUGUCCGCACAGGUCAAAGUUGAAAAUGUCUGGAGUGUGAUGAGGGGGGGAAACGUUUCACAAAAAAUUCAAGUUUCAUGGGUCUGGUGUAAAUGCACUCUGUUCGGAGGAAUAUCUAUAUAAUGCAGGAGCGUAUUGUCAAAGGAUCAUUUGUAAAUCUUUCUGGAAUCUGAGUGGUGUAUUUCUGUGACUUGAAACUUAGGGAGAAGCUAUGACCUGUUGUGAUACCAAGGUCCCAAAAUUUAUUCAUUCACAUCAAAACCCUUUUGGAUCAGUAUUAAGACAACAGCUCUCCAGCCAGUGACCACAGCUCAUGGGAGUAUGGCCCCGAUCCUCAUCCCUCUAAUGAUUAUUGCAAGCAUCAUUGUCUACUACUGUCAAGAGUGGAUAGACUUCAACAUCAACAAGGUUCCCCUAGGUCCAACAUCACUUCCGUUUAUCGGCAAUGUCUUGCAAAUCAAAUCAAAGGCACUGCACCUCUCCCUUACAGACAUGGCUGCAAGGUUUGGCAACGUCUUCAGCAUUAAGUUGGGCCGUCAGCGCGUGGUGGUUCUCAACGAUGCCCAGGCCGUCAAAACAGCUUACAACGGACCUUAUUUCACCAACCGCCCAAGUGUCUUUUCAAUCGAGUUCUUCGUCAGUAAGGGAUUCAUGGCAUGCCAGAAGAAGCACGACUUCCGCAUCCACACCAAGCUCAUGAAGCAUGCCUUCCAGGCAGUCACCUACACCAGCCUCGGGGACAAAUUGGUUGAAGAGGCACAAGAUCUAAUCAAGCAGUUCGAGUCCUACAAUGGUAAUGCCUUUAACCCUCGAGAGGACAUCAACCUGGUGUCCCUCAACAUCCUGCACAACAUCGCUUUCGGGAAACGCUACCAGAAAGGCGAUGACGAACUCCAGGAGAUCUUCGACUACUCUGCCCGUAUCAUGAAGGGCGUGUCUCCAGUCCAUCCCGUCAAUCUGAUUCCUUGGCUUCAAAGGUACCCAAACCCCUGGAUGAAGGACUUGGCUGAUGCCAGGGACAAGAGGGACAACAUGCUGCUUAGGUUCUAUGAGGAACACAAAGAGACCUACCAAGAAGGAGAGAUCCGUGACAUGGUGGAUGCUCUCAUCAAGGUCUCACAAGAUGCAGAGGAAGCCGGUGACAUGGAAACCUUGAGGCUCCUUUCACCGCUUCACAUCAUCACCAACAUCUGGACAAUCUUCUUUGCAGGAACGGACACGAUCAACAAUGCCUUACUCUGGGUCCUCCUCUAUAUGGCCAUGUUUCCUGAAGUUCAGAGGCGAGUUCAGGAAGAAAUUGAUCGGGUUAUUGGUGACAGGUCACCGUGUCUGGAAGACGAGCAGGCACUCCCAUAUCUGUGCGCCACGUUCUAUGAGACCCUCCGUUUCAGCUGUCUGUCUCUGCUCGGUGUCCCUCACGCUGCCGUGUGUGAUACAACCCUCAAUGGCUACCACAUUCCUGCUGGUACGCAAGUUUUGGCCAACUUCUGGGCGAUCAAUCACGACAAGACUACCUGGGAAAACCCGGAACAAUUCCGCCCCGAGCGUUUCCUCGACGACAACGGCCAGCUACGCAACAUGAAGGACUUUCCUCACUUCAUGCCUUUCUCCACGGGCAGGAGAGCUUGCCUGGGAAAGAACAUCGGCAAGUCCGAGAUCGUCAUCCUCUCCGCUUGCCUGCUGCAGCGACUCGACAUUGCGGUACCCAGCGGCGAGGGGGCACAACGGCCCACCCUUGAACCGGAGGUCCACUUUGACUUGGUGCCCAAGCAGUACAACAUUGAGGUCACACGGCGCGACAGCGCACCCUCAUUAUGAAGAUACAUGCGACGAAAUGACAUUAUAAAAAUGGACAGAGGAAAAUCCAUGAUCUCUCUCCAACAUUGACUAUAUUCUCGUAAUCCACGUCAUGCAGCGAAUUCACACAAUUUUAUCAUGGAAAUGUAGCUACUGCUCAAUCAAUUUCAGAAGUAUGUAUUCAAGUACUGUACAAGAUCCAACUAAGCAAACCACUACAAGGGGUUUCACUGCCUAUUUAAAAACAUGUAUCUGCACUGAAUUUGCUAUGCAUUCUUUUUAAACAUCAUUAUAUCGCAAGUGCUGAUUACGGACACAAAUGAACUUCAUUUCAUACCUUCACAUAAAAUUUGUGCUUCAAAGUGAUACUAUCACAUAUUUAAUCUAUUUAUUGCUAUUAUUACAUAAUGUUAGUGAAAUAUCUGUAUAUCUUGCAUUGCAAUAUAUAUUGUACUACAUGUAUAUACUGUAAAAAUGUACAGAAUGAAUGUGUAUAUAUAUCAAAUUAUUUUAUCUGUAUGUCGCUACAUACAAUAUAUACAACAAAAGGAAAAGAGGCUGUAAAUGAAAGUACAGCUCACAGUAAUUGCAUAAUAGUUAAUAAUUUGUUUAUAGUUGAUAAAUGUACCUAUACUACAAUGGCUGCAUAUAUGUAUGAAUCAAUGCACUAAAGAACGAGUCGAUAAUGCAGCUGAAAAGAGAAAGCUUAAGAAAAGCAAAAUGCUGAAAAUGGUCCCUUUUUGGAGUCACUUCAUCUUUUUUUUAAGUAUUCUACUUUGAAAUCUUGCUGCACUGUACAUAGCAUUUGAAUUUUAUAUUUAAAGUGAUCUCAUCAACCUUAACUUAAUAAUUAUGAUUAUUAUAAUUAUGUUUGAUUUUAAAAUGGAAAAUGUUGAUGAACCAUUACGGGGAUACAUCACUGGACUUCAAAUUUCAUUGAUCCAUUGUAUUUUUAACAAGAGGAAAUUCUGCUUUUGGGGUAAAUCCUUUCAUACCUCCUCCCCUAAAAAAUAAUGAUAAUAAUAACUAUCAAAAUAACAAUAAUAAUAAAAGUAUCAACAUGCUGAAUAAGUUAUCAUAAUAAACUACAUUGUAAAUCUUGACAGCUGCUACAAUAAGCCUUUCUAUGAAUGUACAUGUAUGUGUUAAUCAUUUGAUAACGAUUUAUAGAAUGGAUUUGAAGGUGAUUGAAUAUUAUGUGCAAGGACUUCCAGAAAAAAAAACUAUUGUCAGCUAUCAUAAAGCACACAAUACAAAUACCACAAAGGUAUGCUUUGAAAACAAUUACAAUCAUUUAGGGAAAACACAAGAUAAGAAAUGUCAAAGUAACCAGAUGUACAAGUACACGAGCAAAUGCAGUGUUGAAUUUUCUAUCUAAAAAUCAAUAUCUCAAACAAUGCACAUGCCAUCAUCAACACGAUCUCAAAAGGUGUGUUCACAGCCGCAAAAAUGAACGCUUUAGGAACAUUCACUAACAGGUUAGAACACGACCCCUGUCUUCACAUUGAGGAUACAAGAAUAUG